AUGUACGCGGGCGGGAGAGGCCCGUCCCUGGCGCGCCCUGCUGUUGAGGAGAAUCAGGGGGGCGGAGGAGUGACAUACGAGCAUGGAUGGGCUGGUCCGCCCAUCAGUCCACGGCUGGCUGCAGCUCACGAGCGCAUACGCUUUCUGGAGCGUGAGAGUGCUCAUCACGAGAACAUGCGUAGGGAGGCCGAGGCGCGGGAGCGGAUGACCACAGAAGCUCGUGACGGUGCGGCGGCUGCACCAAUGGCGCCAGUGUUCAAUGCAGACGGUGAAACUGGCGCAGACACGGCUCCGGAGACACGCAACAGGGCGUCUCCCAACAUCCUAUCAUACCUAACCCCCAACCAGCUGUCGUGGGCGCACCGCCUCAUCGACGCCCUGUGCCAGAUCCCCGACAUGAACGAUGGAUGGAAGGUGAGCUCAAUUCUACGCCUUCAAGCCGUGCUAGAUCGGGUCAUUGCUAGUUAA